UCUCUCUCUCCCCUACGCCUUUUCCGACACUAAAAAAAACGCUAAACCAAUAAUUGAGAGGUGCUCUGUACAAGGAAGGAACCCUUUACCCUUGGUCGGCCGUCAAUUAUCACUCGUUUCUUUCCGGAGGAGACUGGCUGGGGGGAGUGUUCGGAGUGGAGGGAUUCGCAAGCGAAGCAGUAGCAGCAGCAGCACCACCACCACUAGCGUCAGUUGAGUGUUCUGUGCAACCUUCUGCGUAGAAGAUCGACAGACGAUCCAAGGAUCGAUGGUUGGUCAGGUAACCAUGCUAGACUUUAUAUCAUGUUCUUGAACUCUUCAAAAUUACAUGAAACAUGCUUGCUGCUUGACAAACCUCUGAUUUGCUGGUCGCUUCUUGAUAAUUCCUAUUGGACACUAGAUGACUGGAUUUAACAUCAAAACUAGAUCAAAGGCUCUAAAUCAUUAAGGAAUGUAGUUUUACUUUUACCAACUUACUUAAGAUUGAUUGAGAGGUGGAGGCCCUUAGGUUUCUAUCUCAAGCACAUGAAUUCUAUGAAUCUGUUGUCUAAAGGAACAAGUGGGACAACUGGUGCUAUGGACAAGUUGCCAGAUGUGAUGAAAGAAAUGAAACUAAGGGAUGAUAAGGAAACUGAAGCUACUGUGGUUGAUGGGAAUGGGACUGAAGCAGGUCAUAUAAUUGUAACAACUAUUGGGGGAAGAAAUGGUGAGCCAAAGCAGACCAUAAGCUAUAUGGCUGAACGUGUUGUGGGACGUGGAUCUUUUGGUGUAGUUUUCCAGGCCAAAUGCCUAGAGACGGGUGAAACUGUAGCUAUUAAGAAGGUCCUACAAGACAAAAGAUACAAGAACCGAGAAUUGCAGACUAUGCGCAUUUUAGACCACCCAAAUGUCAUCUCUAUGAAGCAUUGCUUUUUCUCAGCUACUGAGAAAGAUGACCUGUACCUGAACCUUGUACUGGAGUAUGUACCAGAGACAAUUCAUCGAGUUAUCAAACAUUACAACAAGAUGAACCAACGAGUGCCACUGAUAUAUGUAAAGCUGUAUGUGUACCAGAUUUGUAGAGCAUUGGCCUAUCUUCAUGGAAGCAUUGGAGUAUGCCAUAGAGACAUCAAACCCCAAAAUCUUUUGGUGAAUCCACAUUCUCAUCAACUGAAAAUAUGUGAUUUUGGCAGUGCAAAAGUCUUGGUAAAGGGGGAACCAAAUAUUUCAUACAUUUGUUCUAGAUACUAUAGAGCUCCUGAGCUUAUCUUUGGUGCAACCGAGUAUACUACAGCGAUUGACAUCUGGUCUGCUGGUUGUGUUCUUGCUGAACUCAUGCUUGGACAGCCUCUCUUUCCCGGAGAAAGUGGAGUCGACCAGCUUGUUGAGAUUAUAAAGGUUCUUGGUACACCCACAAGGGAAGAAAUCAAAUGCAUGAACCCUAACUACACAGAAUACAAAUUCCCGCAGAUAAAGGCCCAUCCCUGGCACAAGAUAUUCCAUAAGCAAAUGCCUCAUGAAGCUGUGGAUCUUGUUUCCAGGCUUUUACAAUACUCCCCAAACUUACGAUGCACUGCAUUGGAAGCGCUAGUCCAUCCUUUCUUUAAUGAGCUACGUGAUCCAAAUACUCGCUUACCAAAUGGCCGGUUUUUACCCCCGCUCUUUAAUUUCAAGCCUCAUGAGUUGAAGGGAGCCCCAAUAGAGAUGGCAGCCAAGUUGAUUCCAGAGCAUGCAAGAAAGCAAUGUGCCUUUAUAGGACUAUAAGCUUCAUGAUGACAUGUUACAAAAGGACACUUUUUCUAGCAGGCAUUACUUAUUUUGAGAAAUGAUGAGCGAGAAGCUAGCUAAAGAAAUGGUCUUUCCAAUUCCAUCUUUGCUCAAGGUGCAUGUGAAAUCAUUGCUCAUCUGUUGAAACUUAGCAGAUCUGACCUAACCCUUGCUUUUUCAUACAAUGACUUCUAACACUAGUAUUCCAAAUGUUGCGUUUGUUUAUGUUAUGAUUUAGCUAUGGAUCAGAUUGUUCCUUUUA